UUGAUCACAUGAGGAACUGAGGAACGUCUCACGCAGUUGCACGUCUUUCUCCUGAUGUCAUCUCCUUCGUCGUGGCCAGUUGUCGUUGUGACAGGUGCAAACAGCGGCAUUGGUUUAGGAAUUUGCCAGCGUUUGCUUGUGCAGCUGAUAUCCAAAUCCCCGACGGACGCCCAACCUCAUUACGAUUUCCAUGUCCAGUCAAAAAUAGUCGACGGCGUCUCUUUCAAUGGAUUGACUUUAAUUCUUGCUUGUCGGAGUAGACAACGAGGAGAGGCUGCUCGCGACAAAUUAUACCAGUUUGCCGACGAACAAGUUCGUCAACAUGAAACGUUUCCAGGCUACGAUGGACAUGCGGAGACCUUCAGGAAACAUCUUACCAUUGUGGUCCAUACCGUAGACUUGUCUCGCAUUCAAACGGUCUUCCGGUUUGCUGACGAAGUCACCAAAACGUACCCAUAUGUCUCGCAUCUCAUUUGCAACGCAGGAGUCGCUUCUUUCGUCAGCAUCAACUGGUUUUUAGCUAUCAAGCAACUCGCCACGGACUGGAUCGAGGCAGUGACGGCGCCUAUAUACUACACGCAAGAAGUUGGACAACUCAGUCAAGAUGGUUUAGGGUGGGUAUGGCAGUGCAACGUCUUUGGACACUAUGUCCUGUUUCGAGCCCUGAAAGCCCACCUAGCAAAGUACCAAACAUCUACGGGCGCUCGCGUGAUUUGGAUGUCAUCUCACGAAUCAAACCCAAUGUAUUAUGAUCCUACAGACUGGCAGUUAACCAAAUCUGCACAUUCAUACGAAAGCUCGAAAUUCCAGAUGGAUUUGAUCGCCCAUAAUCUGGACCAGGCAUCACUCCAAGACUCUGAUGGGUUGCCCACGCGACACCUGACAGUACUACCUGGUGUCGCUGGCACAAACAUCGCCAGCGCUCUUUUGGGUACCUUCUCGUCAAUCUGCAUGUUCUUGUCUUUCUAUCUCGCUCGUUUUCUUGGAUCUCCAUACCAUCUCAUUAGCGCAUUCAAGGCAUCCAUCUCUGCAGUCCAUCUCUGCUUAGUGCCGUUGGCUUUCCUUCCCACAGUUGACCCGACAGAGUUUGAUGAUUCAGACCCUACAGCUACGGUUGAAGUGGGUGUCCGUUAUGUCUCACAAUGUGGCAGAUGGGGAAAAGAGCAUGUUGGAACGAUGAAGCUGAUGCGUUCCAAAGAGCAGAACAAGCAGUGUGAUGACCUCUUGGAUCACUGCGAACGUCUUUUCACGACAUUUUGUGAAGCAGAGGGACGCCCAGUACCUUCUUGACGACCUCCAUCAGAGAUAUCUGGUCGAUAAUUAUACCUAGCUCUUCGACAUGUGUUAUGAUCGAGCGCAUUAUUAGUGAUUGUGAUAGUAUUAUAUUAGGCGAAUAAAUUUGGAGCCACUGCCCACUCAAGAUUGCGAAGGU